AUGGAAGAGAUAUCUAUCGAACAAGGAACACCGGUCUCUAUUGAAGGAUCAAGGAAGAUCGAAGAUCUGAGUCUUCGAGUAGGGAAACAGACGAGUAUGAAGGAUUAUCAGGAAAUGGAGAAGUUUGAGAUGGUGAACGAUUACGAAGACGGUCAGUGGAUUGGUGGGGAAUUUUACCACCGGAAGCGAAAAGACAAAGGCGUUCAGACCAAAGACGAUGUUCUCUAUCGUGUCUUCGCCUCUGAUGACAGUGACUCUGACAACGGGGGAGGCUCUAGUACAAGGAAGCGAAGGAAAGAUCUCUCUAAGAAAUCGCACUUCACCAAGCCUGUCAAUUUCGUCUCCACUGGCACUGUCAUACCCAACCAAGAAAUUGAUGACAAUUUGAAAGAGGAGAAUGUUGAUGCUGCUGAGGAGGAGAACAAGACUUCUGGUUUGGGGCUCGGAGCAUCCGGUUCUUGCUCUUCUGGCCUAGGCUUUCAUUCCAGUGCUUCCAGGAUUGCAGUGACUGAAAAUGGAGCAGACCAAGAAGAUGAUGGAGAUGUCUUUCUACCAACAGCUUUUGGAAAGAAGAUCAGGGAAGGCGCAGAGCGGCGCCGUGAGAGGGAAAAGGAGUAG